AUGGAAGAAUUAACAAACCAUUGCAACGGUUUAUCACUAUCGGAUAGAGAAGGACCAACUUUUGAUCUUGAAGAUGAUAUGGCCACGCCAGAAUUCCUCAUUGCAGCAAAAUUCUUCACAAGACGAGCGCUAAAUAUGGAAGCCAUAGCCUCGACGUUUAAGCCUUUGUGGAGAUCAAAAAAUGGAUUCAAAGUUAAAAAUAUGGGAAAUCACAUUGUUCUUUUUAUUUUUGAUAGUAAACUGGAAGUUGAUACUAUCCUCGACAAUGAGCCUUGGAGCUUUGACAAACACCUCAUGGUGUUGCAACGCUAUGACAAGGACACGCCAAUUGAAGAAUUACAAUUCAAUCGUACUACUUUCUGGGUGCAAGUACAUGACAUUCCUGUGAGGUUCAUGAACCAAAAGGUGGCGGAAGGUAUUUGCAGUAACGUUGGAACGGUCAUCAAGAAGUCUGAAAUAGAAGGGGAGGGAGGCAGAUUCAUACGAGUUCGGGUUAGGCUGGACAUAACUAUUCCUUUAAGUCGUGGAAGAAAGGUGUCAAUGGGGCAAGGGAAGGAACUAUGGGUGUCGUUUAAAUACGAGCGCUUACCUAACAUCUGCUACUGGUGUGGCUGUCUCAACCACGACGAUAGGGACUGCGAAGCUUGGGUGGAGAGUGAAGGGACCCUUAAAGAUGAAGACAAGAAAUUUGGGCCCUGGUUGAGGUGGGCCCUGGUUGAGGGCAGCCCCAGUUAG